GAAGGAAGGGAAGGGAGAGCAGGGGAGGGCGGCAGACACCAACACCUAGGCAGUAACACUCUUGAGUGCGAAGGGGGGAACAGGCGGCUGUCGAUGGGGAGGUCUCUGUGAAGCAGCAGCAGCAGCAGCCUACCUGUUGGAAAUCAGUGCGGGAGACUGCCUGUGCCGGACCCACGCUGAUCGUGGAUCUGCGGGAAACAGCCCUUAACAAUGUCUCCAAGACUAUUACUCUGCGCUGUUCUGGCUGUGUACCAUGGGACGCAAACCUGCAGCGGAUUUAACAUAGAUGAACGGUUUCCUGUGAUCAAAGAGGGGAAAACCAAAGGGAGCUUCUUUGGAUUCUCAGUAGCUCUGCAUCAACAGACGGAAGGCUCAAAAAAAUACCUGCUUCUUGCAGGAGCGCCCAAAGAAAAAGCCCAAUCUCUACAAAAUGUCAAUGAAACAGGUGGUGUCUACUCCUGCCCCAUCACCACAGACACCACUGACUGCUCCAGAAUGGACCUGGUCAGCACAACAAAUCCUUCUUCUGAGAUGGUGGAGGGCAUGUGGCUGGGUGUGACAGUGGCCACUCAGAGGGACCAGCCGGGGGGACGCAUACUGGCAUGUGGGCAUCGGUAUGUGAAGGUCAUCCAAGGUGGCUCAGAGGAGCAGCGGCGGAUGAUAGGGAAGUGCUACGUAAGGGGAAAUGAUCUGACCUAUGACCCAAAUGAUGACUGGCAGACGUACAAUUACGAGGUUUGCAACCCCAACAACAACAUGGAGUUUGAGGGCAUGUGUAACAUGGGCAUAUCAGCUGGCAUGACAGACACUGACGUCUACAUCGGCUCCGCAGGCAGCUACAUGUGGCAAGGAAAUGUUCAUGUAACAUGGAGAAAUCCAGAUCCAGGGUAUUCUUGGGACUCUAGAGACAAGGACUUUGGCCAGCUGAACAAUCGAUACAGCUAUAUGGGUUAUUCAGUUCUUGAAGAGAAGAAGCUGCUGAGCAGAGACGACUACACAGUAGUGACAGGGUCUCCCAGAUAUGAGUCCAAGGGCUCUGUGAUGUUUGGGACAAAGACUGAUAAUGCCAUCCAACAGACCCUCAUCAUCACCGGGGAGCAAGUGGGCUCGUACUUUGGGGGCAGUCUGGCUGUUACUGAUCUCAACAAUGAUAACUGGAAUGACCUGAUUGUGGGUGCCCCAUUUUACUUUGACCGUAUGAACGAUCAUGGUGGAGCAGUGUAUAUCUUCAUGAAUGAGAAUGGAUCUUUUGAGAAGACUGCCACCAAGGUACUGAAGGGUCCAUCGUCUUCUGGAUUUGGCUUGGCAGUCGCUGCCAUUGGUGAUGUCAACCAAGACGGAUUCCAAGACUUUGCAGUGGGGGCUCCUUUCCACGACACAGGAAAGGUCUACAUAUGGAUGGGAUGUAAAGAGGGAAUCUUAGAGAAUCCCAGUCAGGUGAUAGAGGGUAAGACAGUAGAUAAUGGUGGAUUCCAUACCUUUGGCUACUCAAUCAAUGGAGGGAUGGACAUGGAUGAGAGCGGUUACCCUGACAUCUUAGUUGGUUCCCUGGACGACCGCAUUGCCUUGCUCAGAGCUCGACCAGUUGUCCACUUAAAUACGGUCUUCAAUGCUAUGCCUAAGAUUGUGGACCCUAACCAGUGUCCUGGAAAUACACCAUGCAUUACAGCAACUCUGUGUAUGUCUUUCACUCUGAGCAAUGGAAACAAAGACCUCAAGAAAAAUAUCACGGUGAAGUACACAGUGGAGGCAGACACGGAAAGGAGAAGAAGCCCUCGAGUUCGUUUCCAGAGCAAUAAUGAUGACACCUAUACCGGUUUGCUGAGCUUGCAAUCCUCCAAAAGCACAUGUUCUGAGCUAAAGCUGUUUGUAGUGGCUCCUGUGAGGGACAAACUGGAGUCAGUGGUCUUUUCCCUCAACAUAUCCUUACACGAACAAAAGCCUAAAUCCAGACGCUCCUUGCAGAACCUGGACUCCUUCCCAGUUCUGAGCCAGGGGCAGAAACUCACUCAAAAAGAUGAGAUUGAUUUUCAGAAGGAGUGUGGCUCUGAUAACAAAUGUUCCAGUAACCUGCAGCUGACUGCCAAGUUUGUUGACGAUGAUGAUAAGCCUUACCCCAGGGACAAGCUGGGUUUAACCCAGGUGCUUCAGUUCAAUACCAAUAUGAAGAUCAUAAGGCUGAUGGUGGAGGUGACUAACAUCCCUACCGGGGCGAGGUUGGCCGAGGAUGCUCAUCAGGCCAUGCUCAAUGUCACCAUCCCUGAAGCGCUGACAUACUCUGGUGUCAGGUCAUCGGACCACGAUGUACAAUGCAGUCUUGAUACCACAGUGAUCUGUGAGCUGGGGAAUCCACUUAAAGGCAAUGAAAGGGUGUCACUUGUCCUCAAGUUUCAGACAACAGGGAUUGAUUUAUACACACAAGAGAUUAACUCCCAGCUGCUUCUGUCCACUCUCAGUGAACAGAGUGACCUGAGGCCUGUGCCUGUGGCCCUGAUGAUUGAAAACACCAUUCUCCCCACCUUCUCCUUAGCGAACGCCUUGGUGCAAACAAAAUUCGGCGGGACAGUGAUGGGCGAGUCAGCUAUGGUAAACACCAGUGACGUGGGCAGUCUGGUGGAGUUCACCUUCAAAGUGAACAUGAGGGGACAGCCCCUCGGAAACUUGGGGACCCUGGCUGUGGAGUUUGAUUGGCCCUAUGAGGUAGCCAACGGCAAGUGGCUGCUGUACCUGACGAAGAUUGUCGUUAUGGGGGACUCAGAGAUGGAAUGUAACCCUCCUGACUCAGUUGUCAACAAUCGGAACCUAACUUUGUCGGGGAGCGGACCUAAGCGUACUAAGCGGCAGAUUGUGGUGGAUGAUGGUCAUGAUGAGACACAGCCCCAUAACAUUGAGCCGCAGGCAGCCAUCACAUUGGUCACGCAUCGAAAAGAGACCCACUUGUUGGAAUGCUCAAAGGGAACAGCGAAAUGCGUGAAGUUCAGCUGCCCACUGCUCAACAUGACGGAUUCAGCCAAGAUUUAUGUCCGGUCCCGUUUGUGGAACAGUACAAUGUUAGAGGACUAUUCCAAUGCUCUGCGAGUUACAGUCAGAGGUCAUGCCACACUGAAGCUCAUAAAAAAUACAUCAAACAUCAAGAUGGAAAAUCAGACCAUCAUGUUCACAGUAGAAAUAGAACCAGUGGAGGGAGUGGAGACACCCUAUGAGCUCCCGCUGUGGAUCAUCAUCUCAGCAGCAGUAGCAGGAAUUUUACUACUAGGAAUCAUCAUUCUGAUACUAUGGAAGUGUGGCUUCUUCCAGAGGGCCAGCAGGAGGGAAAUGUAUGAGGCCAAGGCGCAGAAGGCUGAGAUGAAGAUCCAGCCCUCUGAGACAGAGAGGUUGACUGAGGACUACUGAGGCCCACCUGGGUCCCCAAACAGCACACACCAGUGGGGCUUUUGGCUUGGAUUCUUUAAGCGAGCCAUCUACUACCGGAUAAUGCCAAAGCACCAGGGGGUGAAAAUUCGCAAGGCUGAGCGCUAUCAGUUCAAUCUGGGAUUUCAGCCUGAGGAGCCGCAGAAAAAGUAUUGGAUCACCAACUGGACAGAGAUGCAGCAUUACUACUACUGAGGCCUUUACUUUGAACCCUGAACCACUCAACAUCACACUGGCACAGGCCAAACAAAGAGCACUGGGCUCAGCUGAGCCACAUGGACUUUACAGCGCAUGGACCAACUGUGGGUAAAGCAUUCAAUUUGACACUUUUUUUUAAAUUUUCUAGUAGAUUUCAUCAACUCUUUCAGUGCAAUAUACUGAACAUUUUUGUUUCAGAGAUUGUAAUUUGUUAAGUAUUUUUGAAGAAUGCAGUGUUGUACAUUGGAUUGGCAUUCAAGAGUAAAUUGUAAAUUGUUACAUUGCAGGUUUUUAUGUACUGAACUUUGCAUGUGUACUUUCAUUUUUUCUUUCUGAAUCCUCUGAGCAAAGUCACCAUGUUGAUUUCCACCAUUUCUAUUUUUCUCUCUGAGAGUCCCUUGAUUCUCUCUGUGAUUGUAUAUGCCCUUCCUGCUCUGUCGCCAGGCAUCACUUAAUGGUCAGUUGUUGUAGGCUACGCAAAGGUUUAAAACCUGCACCAGUAGUUUUGGAGAUCAUUUUCCAACUGCACUUAAAAGAUGUUGACCAGCACCCACUCUGUAAUGAGUGACGGAGUGUCUUUAUGUGAAUGUCCAUCUCAGUGUUUUGCAAGCAUUACGUAGACUAGCGUCUUGAGUGCAGUUAUGUUUGUGGCUCUCAUGUGUAGAACGUGACUUUGAAAUUUUUCUAGCUACAUACAAAUAUUAUUUCCCUGGUUUAGGGAAUAAACACAGAGAGGGCCAAAGAAAGUGGUACUCAGUGGUGAAUCUUACACUUUAUAGCCCAGCUGGACAUGUUUAAUUUGCCCAAAUUUAAAUUGCAUUGUAAAGAGUCAUCCAAGCACCUCUGCAACAAGUUGAAAAGCAGUAGGUUCUUGUUUGUAUGUAGAAUUAUUCAACAUUUGAUGAUGAGAUCAUGGGAGCACACUUGAUUAUUAUUUAUUACACUGUCAUGUGUUAUUACAGUAAAGAACAUGUCUGAAUAUAUGUCACAUAUAGGGAGUCACAACACUGGAUUAAAGAAUACAUGCUAUUAUAUCUUCAUGAGACUUCAUGAUAUUGUAAGCUUCAGCAUAGAUAGCUACAUCAUGAAUUGUACAUAGUGACAAUUUAUGCUGAAUUCAGUAUUUGAAUGAAUGUCUACACUAUGUCAUUGGCCUUUGUUGUUUCACUGUCCCAAAGCUUUGUAUUUUUGUAUGAGACAGUAAGCUGACACUUGGAUUGUUUCCAAGCCAUUGUGGCCAACCUGCAGCAUUGAAGGCAUACUGGAUCCGGAGAAGACUGUCACUGAACAGUCUCUGAUGGGACUGAGUGUUGCGUUACCAAUCUGGUCCAUGCUACCUGAGAGCCCACAGCUACUCUGUUGUGACUGUGACCAGUACAGAGGCUCCAUUGACUCUGUGAGUAAAGAGGGAAGGGCUGAAACCAAUGCACAAACUCUGUUCUGUGUGGUGGUAUUUUUUUUACUGUGCAGUUUCAAUGUAAUUAAAUUGUUUUUAACAACC